UUCUCAUUUUUCAACCAAAAUCAAAUCACUCUAGAAUGUCCUCCUCCUCACCCAAAAAAAAAAAAACAAAAACAAAAAAAAAUAAUAAUCAAUCAAUCUCCAAACCCCCCCUAAAACCACCCAUGAUCUGAAGCAAAAUCUCACCUCCCCCAAAUGGGUCCUUCACCCACCGACCACUCUCUCUCUUUCCUCCCUCUCUCUCUCUACCUCUUCUUCAUCAUCAUAACGUCCUUCCCUUCUCUCACUACACCAGCCGCCGAUUACACCAAGCUCGUCUACAAGGGCUGCGCCGACCAGAAAUUCCAAGACCCAUCAGGAAUUUACUCCCAAAACCUCAAAUCCCUCUACGAUUCCCUCCUCCCCCAGUCCUCCAAAAAGCCCUUCUCCUCCGCCACCGCCGGCGACGGCCCCAACGCCAUCACCGGCCUGUACCAAUGCCGAGGAGACCUCUCCACCGCCCAGUGCUCCGGCUGCAUCGCCAAAAUCCCCGACAUCGCGGCCAAGCUCUGCGGCAGAGCCGUGGCGGCCCGCGUCCAGCUCCACGGCUGCUACCUCCGGUACGAGGUUGCCGGGUUCAAGCAGGUGUCGGGGACCCAGCUGCUGUACAAGACUUGCGGAUCCAUACGGGCGCAAGGGACGGGGUUCGAGGAGCGGAGGAACACGGCGUUUGAGAUGGUCGAGGAGGGCGUGAAGAGCGGGAGCAGCUUGUUUUAUACCGGGAGCUAUCAAUCUGUGUAUGUUUUGGGACAGUGUGAGGGCGAUUUGAGCCCCGAUGAUUGCGGGGAUUGUGUGAAGAAUGCCGUGGAGAAAGUUGGUGAUGAGUGUGGGGACGGCAUUUCUGGGCAAGUUUAUCUGCAGAAGUGCUAUCUCAGCUAUAGCUACUACCCUAAUGGAGUUCCUGGGAUAUCUUCUUCCUCGUCGGAUGAUAAAGAAGGGACAGGAGGGAAAAAUCAUACACAGAGGACUGUGGCCAUUGCCGUUGGAGGGAUUGCAGCUUUGGGGUUUUUAAUUGUUUGUUUGUUGUUCGUCAGGUCUGCGGUGAAGAAACACGGUGGCAAGUACUGAGUAACGUGGAGGCUUAUAAUAUUCGAGCUAUAUAUAUAUAUAUAUAUAUGUGUGUGUGUGUUUCUUUUCUUCAAAAAUAUGAAUAUUUGUACGUAUAGUCGAUAGUGGGAAUAGGUUAUUAAAGAAUAGUGAAGAAAUAUCAUUGUAUAGAUCAUAGAGUGGGAAAUGGAUUAUGUAGAAUAGUAAAAAGAGAAAAAAGAAAAAGAAAAAAAAAAGAAUGAUUCCAUGCAAAUCAUUGA